UACCCUGUAGGUAUUACAGUUAAAUACUAAAAGCAGGUGAUUCAUCGCAGACAAUUUUCCAGGAAGAGCCAAAGGAGAGAUCACCCUGGGGUGUUAGGAAUGGAAAUCUUAACAGUUGUGUUUUGCGUUCUUUCAUUUGGAUUGGUUGCGAACUGUGCCGUAGAUGUUCCUGAUAAUAGCGGCAAAGAGUUCAUCAUAGCUUUCAUGGACAAUGCGUUCGAAAGUGCAGUCAGUCUGAAUCUAUUCCUUACAACCAACUACCCGUCUCCUAUUCAAGUUCGUAUAUCUGCUCAUCCAUCCUAUCUCUACCGCCUUCCACAUCGGAGUAGAACAGCCAACGUACGUAGAGGCUUAAUAACGAAGGUUGAAAUUCCUAAUAGUUUUGCAAUGCAGAACUCGAGCAUAGAGUUUAAAGGAGUCUAUUUGUCUGCAGAUGAAGAGUUUAUUCUCUAUGGUUCCAAUGCAGAAUCUGCAAGUUUGGACGCAUUUGUAGCUCUCCCUGUGGAUAUUCUUGGGCAGGAAUACAUUGCUGGUAGCUACAAAUCAUGUGCAGAUACUCGUCCGGCACUUGUAGGGCUGAUUGGCGUUAACAACAAUACACAGAUAGAAAUUACUCCACCUAAUGGCACGGAUAUCAUAGUUAUGGGCCGCAGUAAAAGUUCUACAACAGUGAUAACUCUCAACAGAUUGGAAACCAUUCAAAUCCAAUCUAAUAGUGACGUCACUGGCACAAGAAUAAAUUCAUCAAAACCACUGGCAGUAAUGUCAGGCAAUGAGUGCGCUAACAUUCCCUGCGGAGUUCAUGCUUGUGAUCAUUUGGUGGAACAGAUGUAUCCAGUCGAUAGAUGGGGCUACACGUUCACAGUUGUCCCAUCAGCUUACCGUCAAAGUGGGGAUAUUAUCCGCGUUGUGGGCAGUACUGAUGACACCGUGGUCGACAUAACGGGUGUGCCGCGUUUAGUUCUUCAUAAAUCCGAGUUCUAUGAAUUCAAAGUAUUGAAGGACGCCCCUGUGUUUGUCAAUGCCAGUAAGCCGAUUAUGGUGCUGCAGUUUACGCAGAGCCAAGACACAGAUCAUCUACGAAGCGAUCCGUAUAUGAUGGUUGUGCCUGCCAUAGAACAAUUCUCAUCCAGUUACACCAUCGCUACCGCCAAUCUUCCUGAUAAAGUUUACAAAAACUUCAUCAAUAUAGUCAUCAAGAACAGUUCUAAAGAAGACUUGAGAGUUGAUGGAGCCGCUCUCAAUGGUGUUACAUGGCUAACCAUUCCCGGAACAGACUUUACUGCUGCUCAGCUGAGUGUCACUGCGGGCACACAUCGCAUAGAACACAUUUCUCCUAUCCAGACUUUCUCUGUAUUCUCCUACGGGUUUGCCCGUUACGUUUCUUAUGGCUAUCCAGGAGGACUGAGACUGGCAAAUCUUGACGUGACCAAAUGUGUGCCGAAUACUGGUCAACCGGCAGAUGGCGUUGAUAACGACUGUGACAUGAAAAUUGACGAAGAACUGUUUAAUGGUAUUGACGAUGACGACGAUGGUGUAAUUGAUGAGGAUUUGUCUUCCCUACCGCCGGAGGUGGACUUUCCUAAAGAUACAGUAAUUGUUUCAGGUAACGCGUCAGUUACCCAUACCGUAACGGCUGAAGCUGGCACCCCAAAUGCCACUGGCUCUGAGCGCUGUGUUGCCUAUCGCGAUAUCACCAUCAACUUCACAGAUUCGAUCAAUGACAAUGGCUGUGGUAUGGACAUCCAGCGCACGUGGUUCGUUCAAGACGGGUGUGGGAACAUCGUACAGGCGACUCAGAACAUGUCCGUGUACAGCUCGUGGAAAGCCUUCCGAGGAGACCCGUCAUUUGAUUGUACUGCUGUGCUGCAGAAAGUUGGCUGCAACCAUAGCACAGCAGGUAGGUUUAAGAAAUCAACUUAUCGUGAUACAGCUUGA